AUGGCAGCAACGACAGCAGCGGCAGCAGUAGCAACGGCAGCAGGUGUAGCGUGCGAGUCGAGCGCGUGCGCGUGGCAUUCCCUAGGCCUGCACGUGCUGUACGAGUCGUUGGGAUGGCUCGCCUUCCUCGUCUGGUCGCUCUCCUUCUACCCACAGGCCGUUCUUAACUGGAAACGCAAGAGUGUUAUCGGGCUCAACUUCGACUUUCUGGUGUUCAACCUCACCAAGCACACCGCCUACCUCGUGUUCAACGCUGCCAUGUUCUUCUCGCCCAUUGUCCAGGAUCAGUACCACGCCAAGUACGGCCCAGAGGAGCUCAUCCCCGUGUCAGCCAGUGACGUAGCGUUUUCAGUGCAUGCCGUCGCCCUCACUGCCUUCACCGUGUGGCAGUGCAUGGUGUAUGAUAGGGGAGGACAGCGUGUGUCAUGGACGUGCAAGGCCAUCUCGCUGGGAGUGUGGCUCUUUGCGUUGCUCUCCUCGCUGCACUCCUCGUUCCGUAAUGACUGGCUUGGCCUCGUCACCACCUUCAACUACAUCCAGGUGGUGAUGACCACUAUUAAGUACAUUCCCCAGGCGUGGUUCAACUGGCAGCGGCGCAGCACGGUGGGGUGGAGCAUCAGCAACGUGCUCAUGGACCUGACAGGCGGCACGGCGUCGCUGCUCAUGAUGUUCGUGCAGUCCAUUGAUCAGAACUCAUUUGUCAACUUCACAGGGAAUGUGGGCAAGCUCGCCCUCUCAGGGGAAACAAUAGCCUUUGACAUCCUCUUUGCUGUGCAGCACUACGUCCUGUUCCCGCACGCCCCUGCUCUCCCCAUCUCCACCAUCUCCGCCUUCUCCUCCCACCCACCCCCACUCGUGCCUACGCCCCUCCAUGGGGAGGGGGAGAAGGAGGGCAAGGGGAAGGGGGAGCGGGAGGGGGAGGAGGAGCAGCUACUGGCAGACGAAUUCACCCGCCUCCUGCCAUCGCGACGGGAAAGCAGCAACAUAUCGUUGAAGUCUUACGAUAAGGAUCAAUAA